AUGGACCGCUUAUAUUCCGGCUCCCGCCACGGACUUGACAAGAUCUGCCCGCUCCUCAAAUCCAGCGUGUUGGUAUUUGGCGCAGGGCCGACCGGUAUGCUCGCCCAACUCCUCCCCCACAGCGGCUGCAGCCAGGUCACCAUCGCGGUGCCCAGCGGGUCCAAAACGGACGUGGCUAAGCAGCUCGACGCGGCAGACACAUACACUGAGCUGUCCCGCUCUGAUCUAGGCGCGUAG